AACGCGAGAGAGAAGCCAAAAGCCCCCCCGAAAAUCUUAAAAAAGCGGAGGGAAAAUCACACUCCCCCUCCCCCUCCCCCUCCCAGCUCAAAAAUUCCCCCUCCACUACUGCUCCAAACCCUAAGCUUCUGCUUCUGGGCGCCGCGCGCGGCCCCCUCGCUCCCCGCCGCUCCCACAGUCUGCUGCGGCUUGGCGGCGGCGGCGCUCCUCGCUCGACCCUGCGGAGCGGAGAUCCACGCGGGCGUGGAUUGGUUUCGUGUCGUUUUUUGUUGUGCUUGUGGGCAUACACUUAAAUCCUGAGCAGUUAUCACAACAUUUCUUCAUUCCCAUGAGAUGUCACUGCUAAGUAGAUUCUUCUACAAGAGGCCUCCUGAUGGACUAUUGGAGUUUAUUGACAGGAUCUAUGUUUUUGAUUCAUGCUUCAGCACUGAAGUUUUGCCUCAGGGAAUGUACCCAGUCUAUUUGAAUGAGAUUCUUACAGAGUUGCAUGAAGAACAUGUAGAAUCCUCAUUCCUGGCGAUUAACUUUAGAGAUGGAGAUAAGAGAAGCCAGCUUGCUGAUAUACUGCAUGAAUACAACAUUCCAGUCAUUGAUUACCCCCGUCAUUUCGAAGGCUGCCCUGUCCUUCCUCUGUCUCUUAUUCAGCAUUUCCUUCGUGUCUGUGAGCACUGGUUAUCUAGUGGGAACAAUAAGAACAUUAUAUUACUCCAUUGUGAAAGAGGGACCUGGCCAUUAUUGGCUUUCCUGUUAUCUUGUCUUCUCAUCUACAAGAAAUUGCAUGGCGCUGAGCAUAAAACUCUGGACAUUAUUUAUCGCGAGGCACCUAAAGGGUUCCUACAACUCUUUUCUGCACUCAAUCCAAUGCCAUCUCAGCUCCGUUACAUGCAGUAUGUGGCCAGAAGAAAUAUAUCUCCGGAGUGGCCUCCAAUGGAAAGAGCACUCUCUUUGGAUUGCCUGAUUCUUCGAGCCAUUCCAAGUUUUGAUUCUGAUAAUGGAUGCAGGCCAUUAGUCCGCAUUUUUGGGCAAAAUCUUCUUGGCAAGAAUGCGAGCAUGGUCAACAUGAUUUUUUCUAUGCCAAAGAAGAAAUCUCUGCGGCACUAUCGGCAGGAGGAUUGCGAUGUGAUAAAAAUUGAUAUACAAUGUCUAGUCCAGGGAGAUAUUGUUCUGGAGUGUGUACAUCUCGAUCUUGAUCCAGAGAAGGAAGUUAUGAUGUUUAGGAUAAUGUUCAAUACUGCUUUUAUACGUUCAAAUGUAUUGAUGCUGAAUAGCGAUGAUGUGGAUAUACUCUGGGGUUCAAAAGAGCGCUAUCCGAAGAAUUUUAGAGCAGAGGUGCUGUUUUGUGAAAUUGGGGGCAUGUCUCCCACAAGAGCUCCAACAGCAACACUGAACGGUGAUAUGAAGGGUGGUUUACCAAUUGAAGCCUUUUCAGCUGUUCAAGAACUCUUCAAUGGGGUUGACUGGAUUGAAAGCAAUGAUGAUGCUGCCUAUUGGUUGCUCAAAGAAUUCUCAGCAAACUCGCUGCAGGAGAAAUUUCAAAAGCUUAUACUCAAUGACAUGAAAGAACUCUCAAAAAUGCAAGCUAAAGUUGGUCUACAGAUGCCACUGAUGUCUCCACUUGAUUCUGAUGAAGAAAAAUAUUCUGUGGCUUCUGAUUCUGUUGGUUCAGCUGAUCAUGAGAAGGUUCAGCAUGGUGGAAACUCAUCUGACUCAGAGAACAUUGAUCGUGAUCCUACUACUGAAGAUUCUGAAUCCAGUGCUACUCUAUCAAUGAACAGCUCAUCCCCGCCUCAACCGCCUCUGCCUCCGCCUCCUCAUGGGGUACCGUCUAGCCUUUUGGAUUCAUCUGUGCCAACAACUGGGCCAAGUGGACCCCUAACAAAACCACCGCAGGAGCUACCAAGUAACAGGCUACCAUUUUCACCACCCACUCCACCGCCGCCACCGCCACCACCACCACCAAGUGGAAGUAAGCAUGCUUUCUCAUCGCCACCUCCUCCACCUCCACCACCACCUCGGCUUAGCAGCAGGAGGGGACGAGGCAACACUACUGGAUCAACUAAAGGUCGUGGCAUUGGAUUGGCGCAGCAAAGUAACCCUCCCAAAAAGGCUUCACUUAAGCCUCUGCAUUGGGUGAAAGUUACUAGAGCAAUGCAAGGAAGUCUCUGGGCUGAUGCCCAAAAACAAGGGAAUCAGGCUAGGGCUCCUGAUAUCGAUUUAUCCGAGCUGGAGAGCUUGUUCUCCACAGCAAGCGUAACCAGCACAAGUGAAAAGGGGGCGACAAAACGUGGUUCAGCUAUUAGCAAGCCAGAAAUUGUUCACCUGGUUGACAUGCGGCGGGCAAACAAUUGCGAGAUUAUGCUUACAAAAAUUAAAAUGCCUCUACCUGAUAUGAUUAGUGCAAUCUUGGCUUUGGAUUCUUCUGUUCUUGAUAAUGACCAAGUGGAAAAUCUCAUUAAAUUUUGCCCUACAAAGGAAGAGAUUGAGAUGUUAAAGGGUUAUAAUGGCAACAAAGAAAUGCUUGGGAAAUGCGAACAGUUCUUCCUGGAGCUAAUGAAAGUUCCACGUGUGGAGGCCAAGCUAAGAGUUUUUGCUUUUAGAAUUACUUUCUCAACACAGGUAGAUGAUCUAAGAACUAACCUAACCACCAUAAACGACGCAACAAAGGAGGUCAAAGAGUCUUUGAAGUUACGGCAGAUAAUGCAGACCAUUCUCACAUUAGGAAACGCAUUGAAUCAAGGGACAGCACGAGGAUCUGCUGUUGGAUUCAGAUUAGACAGCCUUCUUAAACUGUCGGAUACUCGAGCUAGAAAUAAUAAGAUGACACUGAUGCAUUAUUUAUGCAAGCUUCUUGCUGAGAAAAUGCCUGAACUUCUUGAUUUUGACAAAGACCUAAUUCAUUUGGAAGCAGCUUCUAAGAUCCAACUGAAGCUGCUUGCGGAAGAAAUGCAAGCAAUAAACAAAGGUCUUGAGAAGGUGGAGCAGGAGUUAGCUGCUUCAGAAAAUGAUGGUGCAAUUUCAAUUGGCUUUCGUAAGGCAUUGAAAAGCUUUCUUGACGCAGCAGAAGCUGAGGUUAGGUCCCUAAUUUCCCUGUAUGCUGAAGUGGGAAGGAAUGCUGAUUCCCUAGCUCAGUAUUUUGGUGAGGAUCCUGCACGCUGCCCUUUCGAGCAAGUGACAUCAAUUUUGGUUAUUUUCGUGAAUAUGUUCAAAAAAUCGCGUGAUGAAAAUGCUCGAAAUGCGGAGGCUGAGAAAAAGAAACUGGAAAAGGAAAAGGAAAAGGCAAGUGUGUCUGCUAAAUGAGGCUUGGAAUGAGACUAAUUGUGGACUAUUUUACAAGGACCGGCCGCAUAAUAUGUGGCACUGCAGAACCAGCUUCAAAAUAUUUUGUAUAUGAGAGGUGUGGUGUCAGGAAUCUCGCUAGCUGGUCGCCAUCUGUUAAAUGGUUGCCUUUGCGAAUGCCAAGAUUUUGGAGCUCUCUGUGCGCACGUCCUGUCUUAUGGACAUCAGAUGACUGAACAAACGUACGGACGCCACGGCUGCUGUAAUUUUGUAUGUAAAUAUAGCAGUUACUGGGGUAUAGCUGUCUUACUUGUACAUAAAAUAGUCCAAGGCCCCACGCGGGAAUGAAGCAAACAACACGAGUGUUAUUUUUUUUUUCUUUUUCCCGAGAAUAAACACGAGUCUUGUACAGUGUUACUGUAUUACCGAGGAACAAACAAAUCAGAGGCAUUUUAGUUCAAAUC